GGGAAAUAAUUGUCACACUUUGGACUAAUUGUGACACCAAUCUUCCGCAAAAAAUUCGCUCACAUGUUUUGAUUGUUUCCUUGAAAUUUAUGUGCCAAAACCUUCAAUCUCGACUUUAGUGCUAUGUCGAAGACUUGAGCCAAUAUUUUCAUAGAGAUAUGAUUACAAGUUUACCGUGAUUAGAUCGCUAUCUUCAAUAUUUGUAUAAAUUUAGUCACUUCCGGUAUGUCUAAAAACAAAAUGGCGGCCAACAAGAGGAAGCAAGAUGAAAAACAUCUCAAGAUGUUACGUGCUAUGGUGUCUUUACCUCAUAAUAAACAAUGUUUUGACUGUCAUCAGCGGGGACCCACAUAUGUCAACAUGACUACUGGAUCUUAUGUGUGUACAUCAUGCAGUGGAAUAUUACGAGGUAUAACUCCCCCGCACAGAGUCAAAUCCAUCACAAUGACAAGCUUUUCACCAGAUGAUAUAGAAUAUUUGAAAUGCCACGGAAAUGAUUAUUGUAGAAAAGUAUGGCUAGGACUAUAUGACUCCAGAUCAGGAGCAGAGCCUGAUAGUCGAGACGAGAACAAAGUUAAAGAAUUUAUGAGUCAAAAAUAUGAAAAGAAACGCUGGUAUGUGGCACCAAAUGAAUCAAUGAAAGAAGAAGCCAAACAUAUGAACCAAGCAGCUAUAGACAAUAAAGCAGAUACAAAGUCAAUAAGGACUAUAGCCCCUAAUGCUCCAAAGUUGGUAGUCAAUCAGUAUCAAAAGCCGCCUAGUGAACCUGCAGUUCAAAAGCCAGUACCGACUUCUGUCUCGAAUGCAGCACCAGCCGCAGUUGCUCCCCAGGCAGCACCCCCAGCUUCGGGACUCCAGGAUAUAUUUGGUGAACUUGGGGGUGAUCCAUUCAGUAGUGCCAGUUCUACACAGCAAGCACAACAGCCACCUGCUGGAGGUGGUUUUGCCAACUUUAACAACUUCGGUGCUCCCCAGGUGGCAGCACCUGUCCCACAAUCUUCUGCAGUAGCACCCACAAGUCAAGCAUUCCCUCCUGGGGGAGGUCUGUUACAACCACUCGGUCAGGCUUCACCAGCCCAGCCUAAUGUACCUGCAUCUUCCUCACAGAACUUCCCUGCAUUCUCAACUCCUUCUGCAGCGCCAUCUACAACACAAACUCAGUCUGGUGGCAAUAAAUAUUCAAAUCUUGCGGAUUUAUUUUCGGGUGAUGUUAGCGAAGGGGGCUCACUUUUUAGCGGUGGUGCAACAUCAGAAACUUCAGUAUUUGGUGGCUCAUUAUCAACAGAACCUGUGGCGCCACCUGCUGGUGGAAUUAAUUGGGGCAGCGGAGCCGGAGGGCCAGAUACUAACACAGCGAGUGUAGGACAAAUGAACGCUAAUCCUUUUGGUGGAACAAAUACAUCAACAACCGGUGGGAAUCCCUUUGGUGGUGGACAACCAAAUAUGGCAGGAGGCUUCGGAGCACAGCCUGGAUUUGGCCAAUCACAAGCUGGCUUUGGCGUGCCAGCGGCAUCACAACCAGCUGCUCAGUCAACUCCGAAUGCGGGGUUUCCAUAUUCUCAAUCAGGGGGUUUCAGUAGUCAACAACAGCAACCCGGGGCAGUUGGACAAUUUAGUGGUAUGAAUACACAGGCAGGGGGUGGCGGUUUUGGACAUUUUGGACAACCGGCCCCAACUCAAACAGCUACAAUGCAAAAUGGUGGAGGUCAAGGUCAUUUUGGGGGUCAGCCCCAACCGCAAGGUCAAUGGGGUCAACCUCAAGGUCAAGUUCAGCAACCAGCAGGUGGAUUUGGACAGUUUGGUGCUAAAGGUGGACAAGGGUUUGCUGCACCUCAGCAACAACAACCGCAGCAACAACAAUUUGGUAGCUGGGGUCAGCCUGCAGCUCAACAGCCUGUAGGAAAUCCUUUCAUGGCUGGAGGGGUGCCCCCACAGAUGCAGCAACAACAACAACAACAACAACCUAGGGCAAAUUCCACUAACCCAUUCUUAUAGUGACACCUUUUGGGACCCAUAGGAAUUACAUCUUGACAAGAGCUCAUGGCAGUCAUAUUUUAAAUGAGAAUUACAGUGAAACAACAAGAAAUAUUAAAGGAAUGAAAUCAACAGACGCAAAGUAUAGAUUCUAAAUUGUAUGGAAUUGUAAAAUUAUCAGACAUUUCAUUCAAAUGUUAGAGAGAAAAAAGCAUGUAAAGUUGAAUAGAAAAACAGAACUUACUGUAGUAUGAUAAAUUUUCGCCAAGUAGACUCUUGGGUGGAAUACUGGAAUAUAAAUUUUAUAGCUAUAUAUAUCUACAGUAAUAUAUCUACAGGACCAAUAGACUAUUUUAAUAUUCAUUCAUAGACUUUGUAUAUGUGAAAUGGCUCCAUGGGAAUUUAAUGGUUUUAAAUACAGUGGUAACUGUUAAAAGUGAAUGGCUUUUGUUCGAUGACAGUAAACCAAAAAUCAUAAAUAUGUGCCUCGAAGGUAAGAUUUUCCAAAGGUUACAAUAAAAAUUUGUAUUGACCUCUAGGCUAUUCAGAAAAAGGUUUAUGUCUUUGAUAAUUAAUUAGCUUUGUUUGGUGUUAAAAUUGGCAUUUUGAGCAUUUUUGUGUCACCAUCUGAAAGAGUUAACAAAUUGUUUUCACCUUCUUUUGUGUGAACGAUGUCAGUAAACAUCUUAAAUAAUUUGAAAAUGAUGACAUAGAUAAUAUGGAGUACAAUCAUUUGUUGGGACAUCCUCCUCCAGAAGGAAGGAACUUUGUGUAUGAUUCUGAAACCCUGCGUUCGGAGGAUGUUGUUGGGAUUGCAUUCAUUUAUUCUGUUUUCUUAUACUUGAUUUUCAUUGGGCGUCACUAAAAUUGCCCGCUGCAUGAUAUCCAAUCAAAUUGCCAAAGUAAUGAAAAGUACAGUAUGUUGUUUUUUGGAUAAUUAAUUUGGGAGAGUGAUACUCGAAAGAUACAGAAGAUAUGUUUCGUAUUUGGUUACAAGUGAAGUCUUAAUUGGCUCAAUUCAAGAAUAGGUUUUCACGUUUUCUAUGUUUAGGGCAUGAGGGAGGGGUUAAAAAGAUAAAUCAUCAUAGACUCUCUGUACAUGAUUGCAAAAAAAUGUUAUGUACAGUAAAAUCUGUAUAUCCAGACACCUGUCAAAUCUGUACAUCUCAAUGUGAAUGCUUUUUCAGUCCCAUUUUUUCAGCCACCCAAAGAUCUUUAGGUGGCUCAGUAGAAUUUAGUAAUUUGGCAUGCAAAGCUAAAACGAUAGAGAUGAAAAGCUGUACAUUUUUAUUCAAUAGCCAGUUCAAUCCACCAUUUUGAAAGUUAUUGAAACAGUCCAGGAGGAUUCGCUCCCAGGGUUCCAACUCGAUAUUCUGCCAUAUAUGUUUUCAUGUUGCGAUUACAAAAUUCAAAGUCAAACAGCCACCAUUUUUUCA